CCAAAAAAUCAUGUCAGCAUUUUUGUGUCAAAUCGCCAAUUUAUUUAUGGCCACAAUGAAUGUUGUUAUUUUGUAAAUUAUAUGUAUGUGAAUUAUUUUCGAUUUAUUUUAGUUUGUAUUAAUUGUUGUUGUGCUAUAAUCGAAAUUAUUUUAAAAUAAUCAUGGCUGAAGAUCCUGCCGUUCUGCUAAAUAUUAGCGAGAUGAUCGACCUUGCAAUAGGAACUCCUGAGUGUGGCGUAGUGGACUUCAAUAUGCUGCAAACGGUACUGCACUGCCUCGCGCAGCAGCUGCGUGUGCAAGGCAAGAACGUGGAGCUGCGAGGCAGCGCGGCAAACCUGCCCGUCGGGCGCGACCACGUACAAACCGUCCUCGUCAACGAGUACGAAUACGAGAUAGACACGGAUAAAACUACGGACAAGGAAAAUCCUGUGAUGAAAAUUGCUACAUCCGCGCCAGCGACCAAGAAAUCAGAUGAACCAGAAACUAUUUUGAUUGUGGAGCGGAAGAGAAAAGCUAUACCUGGCAACAGACAAAGUCCAACACGGGAUUACUCGCCACCGGGACGGGCCGGUGCAGGCGGUUCGGCAAAAGCGGGAGAGAACAUAUCACAAUUUAUACCGCACCAGGCCUCGACUGAGAAGCUUUCUCUAGUCACCAUCAGCAAGUUCAACCUUCUCGAGAGCGCAGUGGAGGACCUCAAGAAUCGCGUCUAUGGCAGCAUACCCAAGAACGAUCAGAUAUUGGAGGAAGUCAGGUCACAAACCAACAUGAAAGCCAUAACGGACAUGUGGACAUCCCUAAAUGUGUCUUCCCGCCUAGAAGCGGCUGAAGAGGGUAUCUCUAAACUGAGCUCACUUGUCCAGGACUUGAUCUCCGAAGCUUCUGGUCUCCAGGAGUCCUUAUCACGACGCCCCACCACAGCAGAAGCGACAGCAUCAACAUUGCCGAUAAAUCAUCCAGCUGGUCCAACAUCAGAUUCUUUAACUGAAAAGCCUGGAACGCUACCAUCAUCAGAAUCACAACCAUCAGCAGGAACUCAGGCGUCAGCAGGAACGCAACCAUCAGCAGGGGCGCAAUCAAUGUCAGGAACCAAACCAACACCAGGAAUCCAACCAACAUCAGGAACCCAACCAACAUCAGGAAUGCCACCACCAUCUUCUCCGGGACUACCACCCCUAUCAGACGAUUUCGGAGUAGUUAAUCAGCACUUGACCAAAAUGAGGUCAGACUUGGAUCAACUAACUAAGACGUUUUAUCGAACUAUAGAAGAGAUAACUGGCGAACCAUUCGUCCCACCUACUUCGUUGAAUCAACGGUCAACUUCGCGACGAUCAUCAGUGUUGUCUACCGAUGUCCUGACGCGUAUCAACGAACUAGAAAAGAAACUGAACAAAUGUUGCAACUCCAUAGGAAAGAACGACGGCGUGAUACAGGACCAGAUCCAUUCCUUCCAAGAUCAACUGGAAGCCCUUAUGAAACAAGUUACAGUACUCACUCAAGACCUAGCAGUUGGGAAGCUAUCACCAGAUCUAAUAAAGGACUUACAAGGAUUAAUGGAAUUAUUCUCCACGGUCCAAGAAAUGCAGGAUCAGCUGAAGCAAGUUCACGCAACAGCAAUGCAACUUGCCGCUGAGAAAGAAGAUAGGCAGCAUAACAUUAAUGCUCUCCUCGAGCAAAUAGAAUUAUUGAAGAUGGUGAAGUUGGACCGCGAGGAUAUGAUUGAAGCGAUGGCAGAGAAAGCAGACCUCAGGAUGCUGGCACGCAAAGUUUCACACGAUCAAUUCGAGUUGGCCUGCGAUGAUCUUUCCAGGGGAUUGGAACAUGCUCUCGGGAAGCUUAACAUACAGGAAGCGUUAUGGCAACAAGCGCUGGAUGACAUACAGCGGGAGAUCGAGAUGAAACUAGACAAGAUGGAACUGUCGCCGGUGAAGGACUUCUUUAACAGCAAGCUGCGUCAGUUGCAGGAGAAUCUGAAGCAAAUGGCCUCAUUGCGGCGAGAGGCCGAAGCAGCGGGCACUAAGAGAAAGUUGUUACGCGACGUGAAGUGCAUAUCGUGUGACGCAAAGGCAGUUAUGGCGGCCGAGGCCCCGAGCACGGUGCCGGUCAGCCGUCCGCUGCCCGCUAACUUCUCCAUGAAACCAUAUCUCAGCUACGAACUCGACGCGAUCCGCAAGACUCAGCAGACAAAUGUGCCGCAACGCAAUAUGCACGACUGGGAGGCUAUAGACAAGCAAAUGGGACCCAAGCAGCUGCCCAGACCAAAGUCCGAAGGCGACAAGCACCUGUGCAACCGUUACUGCGGCGGCUCGCAUACGGUCACAACGCCCGCGCAGCGCGUCGCGCGCCUCGGCCAUUUCAUCAAGCAGUGGGGGCCUGACGUGCUGCCAUUGUCUUCCGGAAUGGCGGCCGGCGACGACGGCAGGCUCUACAAAGUUACUACUACUGAGGCAGCGAACGUAGGUCCAGGUGGCACUAUUGAGACUACUUGCACGCCAAAACCACCUCCUAAAGAGAGCCAGGAGAAAUCAAGAAUACCACCGAAACCGAUGGUGAUCAGUGCUGAAUGUCGCUGCCUAGAAGGCGGUAAAUGAGCUACUUUUAUUAAACAUAGAUGGAAACAUAUGUGUGAAAAUUAUUUAGAAACUGAUUUUAAAUAUAAAGUUAAUUGAAAAAGUUUUUUCUUUUACCUAUUGAAGCAUUUGAAGCUAAUGCAAUCAUGAGAAAACCAUUAGAGUAUAAAGGGGUUGCCGGGGUAGGCCGUAAAGAUCUUCGCCGGACUGAAGUUAGUUUCACUUGGCUGCGCGAUAACACUAACUUCAGAUCGAUUAAAAUACGUCAUCCAUCAUACUUUACUAGUCUUUCUUUUUAAAUUAUGAAGAAGAAAAAAAUAACCUGUUUAAAUUUAAUACUUUUUUAUUAAUUAAUCCUAAAUCUAAAUAUUACCGUACAAAUUCAGCUUAAAGAUAGUCACUCAUUUUGAAUUCAAUCGUGAAAAUAGAAAUGUCUUUUGUAUUCAAAAUUUACCACGCUAAUCCAAGAGUUCCAGUUCCCAGAUAAAACAGGUACCUACUACAUGUACCUAAUGAACACAUAACCAAUGAAAACGUCACAGCGCAAAUAAAAAAUGCGUUAAUAUUUUCAAAGUUAAGCAAAUAGCAGUUAAAAGAUUUAUACAAUAUAUAAAUGUAUUUACCUGGGAACAAAAAAACUGUUUGAUAUAAUAUGCUUAACAACAUGAAGAAAGUACUUGAAAGCACCUUAAAUCUAAACAUUUUACAGCGAGGAAUCGAACAUGAGACAAUGAAAAAAGUUAUGUAUGACUUACACGCAUAAUGUUUCUUUUUACAUUAUGAAAUAGACAUUAACAAGAAGUCAGUUCUGUUAGAGUUGAUUAAGACAAAACCCCGUAAUACGACUGUCGUAUACAACCCGGCAAACUACUUGAGUAUCGACCAUAGACAAGGAAGCCUGCGCAGUAGCAAUUUAACAUACAAAAACUUCUACUAUGCAAGGUUGUCUGUGGUUCUGCGUAAGAAGUUUGUGGCUACCUAUACGAACAUCACAAACUUUGAGGCAGCGUUGCUUUAUUUUGCAGUUUAGUAUCAUUUCUAAUUCAUUGUUUCGUGUAAUCAUACUUUUUAUAGACUCCAAAUUCUAUAACUAUCUUUUCUAAUAGUAAUUAUUUACUAUUAGAAAAGAUAGAUUGUGAGUUGCUGCACUUUCAUUUGUUUUAUCAACUCUCGCACAACUCGGUGGAUAAAAUAAGACAUUAUCGGGAUGAGUUAAAAUGUAGUCUGAUUCUUAAAUAGACUAUAAAGAUCACUGCGUAUUUUACGGAUGUACUUUGCCUUUUUAUUAUGCAAAAGCAGAACAGCAAUCUUUAAUUUAUAACAAAUGAAUCAAGCCUUAUUUUAAUAAGGAGGGAUAGUCGGAAUUCCGUAACAAAAAUCACAUAAUCAAAAUUUAAAAAUUAUUUCAAAAGCAGAUUUUUUCCGAACAAUAAUAUUUCGUAGCCUUCAAAUUUUCAAUAAACACUAAGAUUUGGAAAAGUUGUUUUUUUUUAAAAGGCAUGUUUUUUUUAUAAUGAUAAAUGUAUUUAUCACAUUCAGUAUCAUUGUAUUUUAUUUAUUGAUAGAUAAAAACAUUUAUGACAGCAAAAUGGGCAAAUUAAUUGUAAGUCACGGCCGUACGGGGAUCUUGGAAUUUGUUGCUGUCACUGUCUUUAACAAUACAAUAGAGUAAGACAUCAAGUGAAUUUGGCUGAUAUUAAAUUUAUUUGAGAUGAGUGAGUAACGCGUAAAUCAUUAAAUAUACUUAAAUAUGAUUUAAGCUACGAAACCCUGUACUAAUUUCCCGUGGGUUAAAUUAUGUAUAAAAAAACAGUUAAUAUAAUUUCAUACCCAGUGUAUUAUCACAAAAAGCAAAACAUCUUGUCUUAUUAACUUAAUAUUUAUAAAACAAAUGUUCAAAACUUGCCCCCUCACAAAAACCUUAAGGCUAAGAACCCACGAAGCGGUUUUUCCCGCACCCGCCGGGCGGCCGCAGAGCUGUUUUAUUUUACAGUUUCUGCAAACGCGCAGCCACCGCGGCUACGGCUGCGAGAACGCUCGUAAACUAAACUAAAGAAAAGACAACCGCGCACUCGGCGGGCGUCAAUCGCGCCCUUAGACUUGCAAUCACGCUUUACGUACAAUUACACAUAGUACGCAAGUUGCGGUGCCGCAGUUGCGGUGCCGCAGCCGGUGGGCGCGGGUGAAAAACGCUCCGUGAGUUGAUAGCCUAAAUAGUAAAAUAACGACUCGAUAUAAAUGCGUAAACAAAAUAUUGUAAAAAUACGAGAGAACAAAAGAAAGCAUUAAUUUCAACCAGAGUAUAAUGUAAAUCUGUGUAAUAAUUUGCGCUUAGGUUCUUGUGGGUACAAGCGUAGACAAAGCAUCAUCUUUGUUUCACAUAUGUGCAUCCCAAUUUCAUUAAUUGUAUACGAUUGACAAGCUUAUGGUAUGUAAUUUUACCCAAAAUUACAAAUCGUAAGCUAUAAGAAGACUAAAUGACGCAAAUUCAACGAAAUAGAACAAGGUUCCGAAAGUUUUCGUUCAAACGAAUAGAAAUAACGUCGCUUAUCUACGGCACCUGAAGUCAAUAGAAGUUUGGGCUUAUGACGCUUAAGCUUAUCAUUUCUCCCGCUAUCAAAAUGAAGUUCAAGUAAUAUCCACCUAAAAGCGGCAUGCUGCCUACUUCUUAUAAAAUUACAGUGUACCAGACACAUUUACAUACUGUCAUUACAUGUUAAAACUACGAUAAAAGAUACACCAAAGAAAAAACAUCAUUAUGAAGAAGUGGGAGUGCUUUAAUAUUUAUUUUAUGGUAUAGGUUACUUUACGCAUAACCUAUUUAUGUUUUGUACUUACAGUUAUACAUUCUGUCCCUCUCGCACAUGCUAUCCUAAGUAACGUACGAUAGAGGCAGAAUGUCUUGCGUCGGCAUUUUCGAUUCCUUUCUUUAAUGACACGAGUUUUACAUAAAUGUGCUUGUUUUAUAAUCGAUCUUGCACAAAAGAGUCAGGUUUUCCUACAAAAUUAUAUUAUGAAAAAGACCCAAGAUGCGGACGCAUACAGCGAAUUUGCAAAACUUUGUAAUAUAAAUUGGACAAAAAUAUAGUAUUAUAAAGGCCACGGUGUGGCUGUACGAUUCGGGCACAAAGUGAAAGGAUAAAAUAAAAAAAAUGAAUGACGAACAUUCUAGAUCUUUUUAUGUAAAAGAGACUUGGACUUAUCUUUAAGUAUAAACUAUUUACAAAUGCCAAUCCUAUAACUUUUACAUCAAGUCAGGGUUAGUUUUAAAACCUACUCUUUAAAUUUGCUUAGCAUACCUUAAUAUCACACAUCGGCAAUACUCUAAACAUUGGCGAUUUCAAACAUACCAUAAUACGAUGCAACUUGAUGGCAGUGUGAAGUUAGCUUAAAUCCCGACAAUACCUCCGCGUAGUUGAGCUCGCUGCUAACUUUACACAUCCAAAGUUCGAAUCGAAACCUCGUCGCUAUGAAUGUUAACGUUUAAAGUAACAGCUGACUUAUAGUCGUGCAAUAUAUCUUGACCGGUCUGAAGUGAGUCGUCUGGCUGCGCAAAAGUCUAAUACGCAGUCAAACGGUCAGUCAGAGCAAUCAAGAUAUAGCGGGCCAACUGUAGACGACAUAGCUUCAUACGACUUAUCAAAUUUGUUUAAAUUUUCAUAACAUAUUGCUAGCAGAAAACUCGUUAUAAAUUAGUAGCACGAUCGCAGCUAAAACCACCGUUAUUUCAGUUAUUAUAAUUUCUACAAAGCCGAGCUGCAGCGAUGAGCUUGAAGCAUAGAAUAAACAAGUUGAAAACCGUCUAUUGGUUAAAUUAACUUUCUGCGACAACUUCGAUUACCGUUCGCUGUUUGACACUUUAAGAUGCCACGGAAAAUUGUACCUACAGAGUCCAACCCAUUUUUGAAUGCUGUGUUCACGCGGAUUGUAGUUUUUUUUUGUAUGAACACCCAGCGUAGUUCCACUAUCGAUAACUAUGCAAAAACCAUUCGCGAAUUUUCCUCUCUCUUGGAUAGUGAUUAGAAAUAGCCAAAGAGGGACAAGCAUCAAUUAUCGCGAAUUAAAUGUUGCUUCCACUAUAGGGAAGAUGCAUAUAUAAUAUUUAUGAAAAUUUUAUGAUUAAAAUGUUAAAAAAAUAUAAAAGAAAUGCUACUGCAACGUUUUUAUUUUACAUAAUGUUGUUUUUUAACAAUUAUUACGAAUUAAAAAUACUUGAAACGGAACGUAUUUUAAAACACCAAUCAGCGUUUAGUGACGUCUCUCCUGUUAUGACAACUUCUUUGAGGUAUGGUUGUUAAAGUAAAUAUUAUUUUAUGGGAAUAUUUAUUGCGUUUUUUUACAUUUAAUAAAAAUGGAAGUUGCAUUUAUCAAAGCAGACUCCAGGAAUUUACCAAGAGUUAUCGUUGACAUGGUUAUAACUUUUUUUGUCCAAAGUGCAGACUUUUUAAGUGUAGAAAUGAAAGGGACUAAAUUACUACGGUAUGCAAAAAUCGUAGUUGUUAAACUUCGUAUUUUAUUCAGCGGCUUCUACAAAUUUUACGGCGAUAAUGCAAUCGGCUAUGUCCAAAUUAAAAGAGAUGGAAAAUUAUGUACAGUAAAAGGUCGAGUUCUCCGGAGCAUAAAGUAUACGUAAAGAAGGUUAUCGUGUUACAGUUAUUUUAAAUGAAACGCAAAGCUUGGUUCAGUCCUGCCAAUGUGAAGACUGUGCCACACAUUUUAAACUUUAUCUAAUUUUCGACGUCAUUCUCCAACUGUAAAAUUAAAAAUAUGUUAUAGACAGGUUUUGUAAGUAUUAGGUAGGUUACUAAUGCGUUUUUACGUACAAGCAGAUUAAUUAUGCAUAUAACAAGUAUAUUCGCCGACUUACGUCAAAGUGAUCUUCUCAGCAUCGAAUAAUGCUCUUUGGAGAAUAAUUGUCAUUUCUCUUCGCAGCUUGAAACCACUUUUUUCAGUUUUGGGUCAGAAGUUCCAGUCAAAAACAAUUUAUUUGGGAACUUUGUUGAAGUAGAUUGGCACAAAACAUGAGUCAACACGGCUUUUUUUCGGAAUAUUAGUGGUAUUGUUAUGAUCACAUGAUGUUGAUGGAUAGUCCAUUAAAAAUUUUUCAAAAAAAUAUUUCGAAAGUCGAUAAAAUAUGCAAAAGUAUGAACAUUUAAAGCCAGCAACGAACAAUUACGACCAGUGACAGACAGGAGUGACGUCAUCGCAACCAUAGGUUCGUUUUCGCGCGAAAAUUUAAAUUGUCAAUUUAAAACCGCAUUUUUUCCGAUAAAUCACAAUGUUUUAAUUUUUUAAUAUAUCUGUGUUUUAUUCUACAUGGAAUUCUUUAAAAUGAAAACAAAAAUAAAAAUAUUGCAUCUUCCCUAUUGUACCUGUUUUCAAAGCAUACCUAACUCGUUUGCAGUAGCUUAAAUAUUUGUCCUAAAACUGUAUGCCUAUCUAUUACACAUAUAAUAUAUAUUUAAAUUUUGUCCUAACAUUGAAUAUUUUACCUACCAAUAGUUAUUUUCGAUAUUUAAUUGAAUUUAAAUAUUUUAUGUUAUAAAUGUUAUCGAUAUAUAUGUUACCGGCCAAACCCGAUUUCAGGACAAACUAGUUUUGCCUAGGCUAAACUGGUUCUUCCUAUGCGCGAUAGGAUUAACUAGUAUAGCCUAGUCCAAACUAAUUUGUCCUAAGCCCGAUAGGAUAAACCAGUUUAGCCUAGGCCAAACUAGUUGAUCCUGAUAAAAAUACGCAUACUCUAGGAUAAACUAGUAUGGCCUAGUGUAAACAUUAUAGUAUAUCUAGAAAGUCAAAAUAAAUAGAUAAACUGAAUAAAAUAAUCCGUAAUUGGAAAAAUAAUAUUUUUUAUUAAAACCAUAAUGAUUCAUCGUUACAAGUUAUGGAUAAUUAGUAAUACAAAGAAAAGUAAGAAAAGUUUAAUUUUUCUAGUAAACUUUUCUUUAGAUUUAAACACCUAGCAGUUAAAUGCUUAAAAAUAAAUAAAAACACUAACUAUAAUUGCUAUUUCUUCUUUCAAACGUUUAAUACUUGAAAAAGUAUUCAUUUGACAUUGUGGGUUGCGUGGUUGCAACCUACAAUGCGAAGAGAUGGCGCUGCCUUGCAGCUUAAGGCUAGGAAAAUUUCGACGCGGCGAAUAGGGCCGUGGUAGCAUAAUGGUCAGUGCAUUCGCCCGGAUUGCGAAGGGUGCGGGUUCGAGUCCGGUCCGCUGCCUGGUCUGCGUGGAUUUUUUUUCUAGUAAACUUUUCUUAAAAUAUUUUGAGUUUACAGUGAGAUGAAUUGUAAAAGGUUCGAAUGAUUCGGAAUUUCUUAAGCCGGGUAGUUACUCAUUGGCGAGCUGUAACCAUAACCGUUGCACGCACUGUAACCAAAAAGCAUAGUGUGUACGUGGUUCGAUAACCUGCUGCGAGAACGGUACGCGUGCGGUUUGAAGCGAGCCAACGUUCACAACUGAGCUACUAGCGUACACACUAGAACUUCGUACUGUAUCACGCAUGUUACGGUAACAGAUCGCUAAUACGUACCCGGCUUUACUGUCUUCCGAACUCCCGGCAACAACAAAAGAGUUAAACAAAAACCAAUUACAGAAAAAACACUCCCUCCACUUUCUUCCAGCGUUCUUUUUACAUGACGCGCCCUGUACAAGUCCUGACAUGUUUGUUCAAUUACUUUCCGCUUUGUUAAAUUGGUUUAGACUAGGUCGUACUAGUUUAUCCUAGAGUGUGCGUAUUUAUAUCAGGAUCAUCUAGUUUGGCCUAGGCUAAACUGGUUUAUCCUGUCGCGCUUAGGAUAAAUUAGUUUGGACUAGGCUAUACUAGUUAAUCCUAUCGCGUAUAGGAAGAACCAGUUUAGCCUAGGCAAAACUAGAUUGUCCUGAAAUCGGGUUUGGCCGGUAACAUAUACAAGACGAAAUCUUAAAUAUUUUUAACUACUACCCUUAAUUUUUUAAGAUAAACCUUGACUGAUCUAGAAAUUGUUCAACGCAAAUCAACGGACGAUAGAACAGUACCCCUAGCACGAACCAUUAUCGAAUUCGAAUAGUUUGCAAACCGAAAUGUCAAUAUCAAAUUACAUAACGAGAACUAAAAAUCAGUACACAUUUGACAAUGACAUUUCGGACUCGCAAACGAUACGAAUUCGAUAUUGGUUCGUGCUAGGGGUACAGAAUAUUUGAAUGUGAAUUCGUACUUAUCAUUUGGUAAGAUAUAGAUUCUUGAUUCAACCACCGCAUAGAGCAAUUCCCUUUAAUAUUUUGGGCAGGUUUAUCUGUACAUCCGCCUGUUUGCACUGGCUAGUAUUUGAAAUAGUAUGGUAGGUAGCCUUUCUAAAAUAAAGUACAGUCGGGGAAUGAAAAAAAUCGAUUCGGUCUUCGGUUGCAGAGUGAGUGAGACAGAGAAUCCAGUAGUCACUUUUAAGCACUAUCAUAGUUGCCGUCGCGACUGUAGCAGCGUAUGGGUCGUAUGCCGGUUGUAGUGAGAAUGACAGAUAGUGUGUAUCUAGCGGUGCAUCCCUCUAGCACUAUAAUAGUUGCCGUCACUACUGUAACGGCGUUCUGUCGUUUUGGAUAUAAGCCGGUUGCAGGGUAAGAGUGAGAGGGAGAGUGUGUAUCUAGCAGUGUCUCCCUUUAGCACUAUAAUAGUGGCUGUCGCGACUGUAGCGGCGUCCUGUCGUUUUGAUCAUAAGCCUUGCAAGGUGAGAGUGAGAGGAAGAGAGGGUGUAUCUAGCGGUGUCUCCCUCUAGCAUUAUAAUAGUUGCCGUCACGACUGUAGCGGUGUUCUGUCGUGUUGGUCGUAAGCCGGUUUUGGUCAUAAGCCGGUUGCAGAGUGAGAGUGAAAGGGAGAAGGUGUAUUUAGCGGUGUCACCCUCUAGCAUUAUAAUAGUGGCCGUCGCGACUGUAGAGGCGUUCUGUCGUGUUGGUCAUAAGCCGAUUGCAGAGUGAGAGGGAGAAAGUGUGUGUCUAGCGGUGUCUUCCUCUAGCACUAUAGUUACCGUCGUCCUGUCGUUUUGGUCAUAGGCCGGAGAAUGAGGGAGAUAGUGUGUGUCUAGCGGUGUCUCCCUCUAGCACUAUAAUGGUUGCCGUCGCGUCUGUAGCGGCGUCCUGUCGUUUUGGUCAUAAGCCGGAGAAUGAGAAGGAGGGAGACUGUGUCUAGCGGUGUCUCCCUCUAGCACUAUAAUGAUUUCCGUCGCGACUGUAGCGGCGUUCCUUGCGGUCGUCCCUGUUUCCACGGGACCGGUCACGUCUCUCCCUAUCCCGCGUGUAUUCCUUAUCAUGUCCCCU